AUGAGCUCACAGCCACCUCUGUUAGAUGGGCUAGAACCGUCACAGCUCGAUGGCUCGAGUAAUAACAACAGGGUAUCUGUUGAUGCCGUUGAAGAGCUGCACAAAAUCCAAGCUUCCCAUCAAUGGGAUCCGAAUUUGCCACUAAAGAAAUUAAACGUCAUUGAACAGGCAGUCGAGACAGGCGAUCAAGAGAAGGCCGCUGAGCUGAAGAAAUCAUUUGCUCAGGAUUCACAGUACGACUCCGUCCGUGCAGCCGUUCGAAACACAGAUGGCGGAGAGGUUGCCAAUACAGUACGAGCCUGGAUUCUAGGCAUGUUUUUCACAACUCUUGGAAGUGGAUUGAAUAUGUUUUUGAGCAUGAGGAGUCCUGCUAUCUCGUUCCCGGCCAUUGUCGUGCAGUUGCUGGUCUUUCCCAUCGGUUGCUUAUGGGCCAAGACAAUGCCUACCCGCAAGUUUAAUACUUUUGGGUUGAAAUGGACCCUCAACACUGGGCCCUUCACGAUCAAAGAGCAUGCAGUUAUCACAAUCAUGGCGAAUGUGUCGAUCGGCUAUGCUUAUUGUACCGAUGCUCUCUUGGCGCUGAAGGCAAAGCCACUUUAUGACUUGGAUAUUGGAUGGGGAUUCCAACUUCUUUUCGCUUUGAGUAGUCAGGUUGUCGGUAUGUCAUUGGCAGGCAUUUUCCGACGUUUCCUCGUGUGGCCCGCUGCAGUGAUGUGGCCCGGCCAAUUCGCAAACACUGCUCUGUUCUAUGCUCUUCACGAUUGGAGUUCCUCGGAUACCUUGGAGACUCACGGAUGGAGAAUCUCCCGAUAUCGAUAUUUUCUCUAUGUGACAGCUGGGGCAUUUGUUUGGUAUUGGAUACCCGGUGUCAUAUGGCAAGGACUCUCGGUAUUUGCUUUUGUCACAUGGAUCCGACCCAAUAAUAUCGUUCUCAACCAACUGUUCGGAGGGUUUACGGGACUCUCACUGGUUCCCAUCACGUUUGAUUGGACCUAUGUUUCGGCAUAUCUGAGCGAUCCACUGCUGGCACCGGUUCAUGCCAUCGUCAAUACGCUUAUCGGCCUUGUGGUUUUCAUGAUCAUCACCGCAAUUGGGAUUUCGUACUCUGGGGCAUUUUACUCCGCCUACCUCCCAAUCAACACAUCUACCACGUACGACAACACACAACACAGCUACAAUGUGACCAAAAUUCUAGGGCCUAAUUUCUCAUUCGACGAGAAGAAAUACAAGGCGUAUUCGCCGAUGUUCUUGGCGCCAACCUUUGCUCUAAACUAUGGACUAUCGUUUGCUGCUCUUACCGCAGCUGUUGUUCAUGUUGUUCUGUUUCAUAGAAAGGAGCUCUGGUAUAGAUUCAAGGCUUCUAGGGAGCAGGAACCUGAUAUUCAUCUCGUUCUAAUGAGAAGGUAUAGGGAAGCACCAGAUUGGUGGUACGCAGCACUGUUUCUCUUCUCAAUUGCUCUCGGGCUUGCGGGUAUCUUGGCAUACGAUUCGCAACUUCCGUGGUGGGGAUUCUUUGUCUCGGUCAUGCUCGCCUCAGUCUUCAUUGUUCCAACUUGCAUGAUCCUUGGAAUUACUAACAUCACACUCUCUCUCAAUGUUUUGUCGCCGUUCUUGGCAGGAUUUAUGAUUCCUGGGAAGCCAAUUGGGGUCAUGGUUUUCAAAGUCUUUAGCACCAUAACCCUGGGACAAGCUCAAGUCUAUUGUGCUGAUCUCAAGUUGGCCCACUACAUGAAAGUCCCUCCUCGUGUUACUUUCAUUUCCCAAGUUGUUGCUACCAUCUGGGCCAGCAUUGUCCAGAUUGCGGUCAUGAACUGGACAUUGAGCAAUAUUGAUGGAGUCUGCACCUCUAACCAGCCAGCGCAGUUUACAUGCCCAAACGGAAGGGCAUUUUUCUCGUCUAGCAUUGUAUGGGGCGUCAUUGGCCCGAAGCGCAUGUUUGGGCCUGGUGCCAUAUACACCAAUAUUCAAUGGUUUUGGCUGAUUGGUGCUCUUCUCCCCGCGGCUUUCUAUCUACUGAUUCGAGUACUUCCUCGAUCUAAGCUCAGAUUUCUCAAUGCGCCCGUAAUGUUGGGUGCUAUGUCCUGGUUACCUCCCGCCACGCCGUUGAGUUACUCUUCCUGGGUGAUGUUUGGCCUCAUUUUCAAUUAUUGGAUUCGACGCCGGUGGAGCGGGUGGUGGCAUACAUACAACUACAUUACCGCUGCAGGACUCGACUCCGGCCUCAUUCUAUCAACCAUUGUAAUAUUUUUUGCAAUCAUCUUACCCAAUGUUUCAAUCCCACAAUGGUGGGGAAAUGCUGCUCCCUUUGAGACCAUGGACUAUCUUUACACUGCAGUGCGAAAGACCGUUGUAGAUGGUGAGACGUUUGGGCCAACUGAAUGGUAG